AUGGACCCAAACCCACUGCCAUCACGUUUCCUGCAACUGAAACGAGAGAUUAUCUCAAUGACCACCGGAGAACAUCUUAUCUCAGCAUGGGGCGACCUUUUGCAAGAGGUGGCCAAACGAACUGAUGAAAUAAUCCAGCAAGGGCAUGAUUCCAUUCCUCAAGUGAACUUCAGCGAUUUAGACGCAUUAUCUUCGGAACAAAUCGACGCCAUCAAACGAAGGGGGUCAGUCGUCAUUCGGGGCGUCGUGGACUCGACCGAGGCAGCCCAGUGGAAGUCCGACUUAGUUGAGUUCAUAAACAACAACCCCCACUCCCCAGGCUUUCCUGAGGGUGAUAAACAGUUCUUCCACCUUUAUUGGACUCCGUCCCAGGUUCGCGCACGAGUCCAUCCCAACGUUCUAAAGGCCAACGCAUGGCUCAACAAAUUGUACCAUUUCAAGUCCGGUAAAGGCGCUGAUGGUGUCGACCUUUCGGUUCCUUUAGUAUAUGCUGAUCGCUUCCGCAUACGCCAUCCUGGAGUGCAGUGGGAUGCCUUCCCCCCGCAUGUAGACGGAGGUACCAUUGAACGGUGGGAAGAUCGUAAUCUCCGGCGCUGCUUCCAGGACAUACUCGCCGGCAAUUGGCGCGCGCACGACCCUUACGAACUGGAACAUCGUCUUGACGCAAGAAGUUCUUUGUAUGGCCGCCCGGACCAGGCGAGCGUGUUCAGAACCUUUCAGGGGUGGUUAGCUUUGAGCGAGACGGCGCCAACGCAGGGAACAUUAAAGGUUUUUCCUGACGUAGUAAUCUCGAACGCCUACAUUAUGCUACGUCCGUUCUUUCGCCCCGUAGUUCCACUGGACGAUCCUACAAUCCUCGAUCCCAAGAACUGGGAACUCGACACAUCCACACCUGAUUUUCCUGGUAUCAUACCAUGGAAUACUGGCUUCAUAGGUCCACGACCCACUCCUGAGCUUCACCCUCACCUUCGGCUUGACAAGACCAUGACUUCAGUACCGAAAGUCUACCCAGGGGAUAUGGUAUUCUGGCAUUGCGACGUCGUCCAUUCCGUCGAGCAAGAGCAUACGGGUGCCAAUGAUUCAGCAGUGAUAUAUAUUCCUGCCAUGCCCCAGACUCCGCAGAAUUUAGCAUAUGUUCAGAGGCAAGCAGAAGCCUUCCUGACGGGACUUAACCCCCCAGAUUUCGGACAGUCUAUGGAGGGUGUUACUUACGUCGGACUCGCCGUGGAAUCCGACAUCAAAGAGCCUGCUGGCAGACUAGCUAUGGGUCUUCCCAUUCAGGUUGCCUAA